CUGGAAGCCGCCGUCGUCCUCUCUGCGCCACCGUCGUCCUUGCCACAGGGUCAGCCGCUGUCAUGUAUGGCAGAGCCAGAAAGAGAGAGUUCAGGAGCAGAGCAAGAAAGAGAGAGAUUUUAGGCUGGGCUGGGAGUCCAACCACCGUGUCCAGCCGCCGUCUGUGUUGCCGGUGCCGCCUCCGCCGGAGCUGUCGCCAUCAGAAAGGGGCUCAGGCCGCCGCAGGUGUCACUGCCGAAGAAGGGAGCUGCAUCUCUGUGAUUCCGACCGCCAGGAGUGGUUUUGUGACGUUAGGGACCACCGCCGGAGCUUCUGGCUACUGCUGCCGUCGCCGGAAAAGGUUGUCGUUGGCGCGAUCGGAAAUUGUCGUCGCUGCCGCUUGAGGUGGCUGCCGGGCUGCCGGAUCCGAG